UUCGGUUUCAUCCAUGAAAGUAUUCGACAGCUCAUGCUUCGUAAAUAUGGUGAUGCGCUAUGGAUGGAAGUGUUAAAACGCGCUGGAUUUGAAAAUGGCAAAGAAAACAUUGUUAAUCACUACUAUUCUGAUUCUGAUACCUAUCUCCUGGUGGAUAGCGUGGCUGCACUGACCAAAAUGACAAGAGAGCAAGUGUGGGAGUUGUAUGGUUCCUUCCUGAUUGAGUAUACGAUGGAAAUUGGCUGGGAUGAAUUGAUUAGAAGUAUGAGCCCGAAUUUGAAGGGUUUUCUGGAUAAUCUCGAUUCUCUCCACUACUUCAUUGAUCAUGUUGUUUACAAAGCAAACCUUCGUGGUCCAUCUUUCCGA